AAGAGUUAAUAUCUCCCUCCAAACAUAUAAAAAGGAAGGAGGCGGAAAAGAAACACUGUUCGCCUCUCUCUCUGUGUGGUGUGUCUGAAAAACAAACAAAAAAACUGCCUUUGUUUAUCCUGUUCGCAAACAUUUUUUUUUUCCACGCAGUGAAAAGUUUUUGUGUCCUUAUUCUUCUUGUUCAGACUCAAGACAGUUGUUCAUAAGACAGGAAACCGUUAUGGCAUUGUCUCUUAUUCGGCGUAGCAUUCUGCUUGCAUUGAUAUCCGUGGUCUCGGAGACAAUAGAAGGGAAAAAAGAUGAAGUGCUGUAUUGUUCAGCUUGCAGGGCAGUUGUUGACGAGCUGAACUAUUCAAUCAAGAAAGUGGACCCAAAGAGGACCAUCCAUGUAGGAAGUUUCAGACUUAAUCCUGAUGGAAGCUUGAAAGAUAAAAAGGUUCCACUCGCUAGAUCAGAGACUCAUUUAACUGAGCUGCUGGAAGAUGUCUGCAACAACAUGAGUGAUUAUGCUCUCUAUGUGGACCCAGACACUAAAGAAAAGCGUUACAAAAGGUUUGCUCCAAGGGAUGAUGACAAAAGUGGUUUUGGAGAUUUUCAGAAUUUUCAGUUCGGUGAGGGUCCUGAGGCUUCAAAUUCCUUAAAAUUUGCUUGUGAAAGCGUGGUAGAAGAGUAUGAAGAUGAUAUAAUUUCGCUGUUCGCCCAAGAGGCAGACCAUGUGGCCGACAAGCUCUGCAGCGAAGUAUCAGGUCUGUGUAAAGGUGUCCCUGUCUCCCGUGGUGAACUAUAAUAUGGUUUGGAGCUGAAGGAGAUCAAGAACAAAGAAAAAAGGGGAGGAAAAGCACCAUAAUGGGGCAAAUGCGUGUUGCAUUAUUGGUCAGAACAAACGGAGAGCUUUGUGUUUUAAAUGUUUUUAACUGUUAAUAAAGUUUGUUUUAAUAUUAAA